AUGGUUCUGAAUCUUCUGAUACUGCUUAAUCUUUGUUCAUUAGUUGGAAUAGCCAUGGCUGUUCCUCUACAACUAGCCCUGCCAGGCUGCGACGAAAAAUGCGGAAAUGUAACCAUACCAUACCCAUUUGGCUUCAAAGAUGGAUGCUUUAGGGAUCCUGAUUAUAAUAUUACAUGUGAUCAGGCAUGGAAUGGUGGCACACCCACAAUCUAUGGCAUUGAGGUUCUUGAGAUAUCAUUAUUGGAUGCCCAAGUCAUAGUGAAGGAUGAGUAUCCUUCUUCUCAAUGCUUCAAUGCUACAGGCGGGAGAAAUUCUUCUUAUAUAGGGUAUAGUCUACUAAAUAGCCCAUUCACGUUCUCAUCGAAACGCAACAAGCUUAUAGCCAUCGGAUGUGACACCGUUGCCUACUUUGAUUCAGAUUUUUCUGGCAGCAAUUUUACGAGUGGGUGCAUAUCUCUGUGUGAAAGUAUGGAUAGUGUGACGAACGGUUCUUGCUCUGGAAUUGGUUGUUGCCAGACCUCAAUCCCUUUGGGCAUCAAAAAAUUCUAUGUGAGAUUUGAUAGUUAUUAUGACCACGCUAAGAAUUUGGAGUCAAACCCUUGCAGCUUUGGUUUCUUGGGCGAUCCAAAUUACUUCACCUUCAAUUCAUCAGAUCUUUCGGUCAAUAGUUUCAACAGAUCGAAGACUCCAAUUGUGUUGGACUGGGCAAUUGGGAAUCAAACAUGUGAAGAAGCACUUCAUAAUGAAUCUUAUGCUUGUGGUCCAAAUAGCAAUUGCUCUAAUUCAAUCAAUGGUCCCGGCUAUGGCUAUCGGUGUAAUUGCAGAGAUGGUUUUGAGGGCAACCCUUAUCUCCUCCAACUAGGAUGCCAAGACAUAAAUGAAUGUGAAAAUGGAUACAAUAAUUUAUGCGACAAGAGUGGUAAAUGCAAUAAUACCAUUGGGAGUUAUAGCUGUUAUUGCCCACAAGGCUACCAUGGCGAUGGUUGGUUAAAUGGGACAGGCUGUAUUCAAGAACCGCUGAAACGCAAUCUGGUGAUACAAAUUAUUGCAGCUACCAGUGGAGGAUUUAUUAUUUUAUCUAUCUUCAUUUGGUUUUUAUAUUGGGCAAUUCAGAGAAAAGGCAAACUCAGAGAAAAGUUCUUCCAAGAAAAUGGGGGUUUGUUAUUGCAGCAACAAAUGGAUAAGCAUAAAGGGGUCAAAGAGAUUGCCAAGAUUUUCACCACAAAAGAGCUAAACAAGGCAACCAAUAACUUCCAUGAGAGUCAAAUACUCGGGCAAGGAGGGUUUGGUACAGUUUAUAAGGGAAUCCUAUCAGGUGGCAUAGUAGUUGCCAUUAAGAAAUCCAAAAUAAUGGACAAAGGUCAGAUUAUACAGUUUAUAAAUGAAGUUUCUAUCCUCUCACAAAUCAAUCACAGACAUGUGGUGAAGCUCUUGGGUUGUUGCCUAGAGACAGAGGUUCCAUUGUUAGUUUAUGAGUUCGUAUCAAAUGGGACCCUUUUCCAGCAUAUUCAUAGUGAGAAUCAAACAACUUCUCUUUCAUGGGAAAAUCGUUUAAGAAUUGCUACAGAAACGGCCGAUGCUCUAGCCUAUUUGCACUCUUCUCUUUCGGUACCCAUCUUGCAUAGAGAUGUCAAAUCUUCUAAUAUAUUACUGGAUGAUAAAUACAAAGCUAAAGUAUCUGAUUUUGGAGCUUCAAGAUUGGUUCCUCAGGAUCAAACUCUAAAGACGACAAUAAUUCAAGGGACUCAUGGAUAUUUAGACCCCGAAUGUCUUCCUACAGGUCAACUAACUGAUAAAAGUGAUGUUUAUAGUUUUGGAGUUGUUUUAGUGGAGCUUUUGACGGGAAAAAUGCCGCUUUUAAUGGAAGAAUCUGGGGAACGUAUAGCCCUAGCAACUUAUUUUGUAUCUUCAAUGAAAGAUGAGAAUCCUUUUCAUAUUCUUGAUGACCGAAUAAUAAUCGAUGGAGAAAGAGAACAAUUAUUGGUAGUUGCUGAACUUGCAAGAAGCUGCCUAAAGAACAAGAGGGAAGAUAGGCCAACAAUGAAGGAAGUUGCAAAGGUGCUUGAUUCUUUGAAAAUGUUGUAUGGGCAACCAUCAUUACAACAAAAUCAGGAGGAGAUUGAACCUUUUCUAGGUAAACCAUGGACAGCUUCUACCGAUGUAACUUUUGAAAUAGAGAUUGGUUAUGGCUUAACUGAUGAUGAUCUUUGGACAGAUGACAAGACCACCAACAAACACAUCCAAGGGCCGGCCAUAAGAGUAACGAUGGUUCUGAAUCUUCUGGUACUGCUUAAUCUUUGUUCAUUAGUUGGAAUAGCCAUGGCUGUUGCCCUGCCAGGCUGCGACGACAAAUGCGGAAAUGUAACCAUACCCUACCCAUUUGGCUUCAAAGAUGGAUGCUUUAGGGAUCCUGAUUAUAGUAUUACAUGUGAUCAGGCAUGGAAUGGUGGCACACCCACAAUCUAUGGCAUUGAGGUUCUUGAGAUGUCAUUAUUGGAUGCCCAAGUCAUAGUGAAGUUUAACUAUUCUUCUUCACAAUGCUUCGAUGCAACAGGCUGGAGAAAUUCUUUUUAUAUAGGGUAUGAUCUAGGAGAUAGCCCAUUCACGUUCUCAUCGAAACACAACAAGCUUAUAGCCAUCGGAUGUGACACCGUUGCCUACUUUCAUUCAGAUUUUUCUGGCAGCAAUUUUAUGAUUGCAAUAGCAGCCAUGGCGGCGGAUACUCCACCAAUAGCCCGGCGGGGUUGCGAGGACAAAUGCGGAGAUGUGGCCAUACCCUACCCAUUUGGCAUCAGAGAAGGAUGCUUCAUGGAUCCUAGUUAUCUUAUUACAUGCAAAAACCUGAAUAGCAGCACCCACAUCAAAGCCCCCUUUAUAGGAAAUGAUAGUAAGGAGGUUCUUCAGAUAUCAUACCCGAAAGCCCAAGUCAUAGUCGAUGGGCGUUCUUAUAUUUCUUGGAAUUGUACUGAGGGAUCUACAGAAGCUCAGUUUAUAGUAGGAAACUAUGUUCUGGACCAAUCAUCCCCAUUCACAUGGUCAGCUAGCAGCAACAUGUUCACAGCCAUCGGAUGCAACAUCGUGGCCUACGUAAAGGGCCAAAACUUUACUAGUGCGUGUGUGUCUCUAUGUGAUAAGCUGCCACUUGAUGUGACAAACGAGCCUUGCUCUGGAAUUGGUUGUUGCCAUACCUCUAUCCCUCGAGGCCUCAAAACUCUUAAUAUUGAGCUUAUGCAUUUAGAUAGUGAUAGUAAAUCAAAGAAUUGGAAGUCCUCCCCUUGCAACUUUGCUUUCUUGGGCAAUCAAAGCAGGUUCUCCUAUUCUUUAACAGCUGAUUCAGUUGGAUUACAAUACACUAAUGUUCUUCCGGCGGUGUUGGACUGGGCUGUUGGGAAUCAGACAUGUGGAGAAGCACUUCUUCAUAAAGAUUCUUAUGCAUGUGGUCUAUAUAGCCAUUGCUUUGAUUCAACCAAUGGCCCUGGCUAUCGAUGUUACUGCACUGAUGGUUUUGAAGGCAACCCUUAUCUAGGAUGCCAAGACAUUAAUGAAUGUGAGACUGGAGAUAAUCACUGCCAUGAUAGUGGUAAGUGCAAAAAUACGAUUGGGAGUUACAAGUGCUACUGUCCACAAGGUUACCAUGGCGAUGGCUGGAAAAAUGGGACUGGCUGCAAAGAGGACUUAAAACGCGUUCCACUGAUAAAAAUUAUUGCAGGUGUUGGUGUAAGUUUUAUGUUUGUAUUUGCCUGUUCUUAUUUUUCAUACUGGGGAAUCCAGCGAAGAAGAAUCAUCAAAUGUAAAGAAAAAUUCUUUCAACAAAAUGGAGGCUUGCUAUUACAGCAACAAAUUGCUUCCCGUAAGGGUGUCACGGAAAUUGCUGGGAUUUUUACCAUAGAACAGCUAGAGAAGGCAACCAACAACUUUGAUAAGAGUCGGAUAGUUGGCCAAGGAGGGUAUGGUACGGUUUUUAGAGGAUUUUUAUCAAAUGGAAAAGUAGUGGCAAUUAAGAAAUCCAAAAUAAUGGAUAAAGGCCAAAUUAUACAAUUUAUCAAUGAGGUUGAUAUCCUUUCUCAAAUCAACCACAGAAAUGUGGUGAAGCUCUUGGGUUGUUGUUUAGAAACAGAGGUUCCAUUGUUGGUUUACGAGUUCAUUUCUAAUGGAACCCUCUUCCAACAUAUCCAUAAUGAGAACCAAGCAGUGUCUAUUUCAUGGGCUAAUCGUUUAAGAAUUGCUGCAGAAAUAGCUGGAGCACUGGGAUAUUUGCACUCUGCCCAUUCAAUACCCAUCCUCCAUAGGGAUGUCAAGUCUUCCAAUAUACUUCUAGAUGAUAAUUACAUGGCUAAAGUAUCUGAUUUUGGAGCUUCAAGAUUGGCUCCUUUGGAUGAAGUUCAAGCCACAACAUUACUUCAAGGAACCUUAGGUUACUUAGACCCAGAAUGCUUUCAUACAGGUCAACUAAUUGAUAAGAGUGAUGUUUAUAGCUUUGGCGUUGUCCUUGUUGAGCUUUUGACAGGGAAAAAUCCAAUUCUAUCAGAAGGACCUGAGGAACGUAAAAGCCUUGCAAUGCAUUUUGUUUCUUCAGUGAAAGACGGCAAUCUUUUUCAGAUUCUUGACUACCAUGUAGUGAAUGAGGGAGAUAGAGAACAGUUAGUUGCAGUUGCUGAGCUUGCAAGAAGAUGCUUGAAGGUUAAAGGAGAAGAUAGGCCAACAAUGAAAGAAGUUGCAAUGGAGCUUGAUUCACUGAGGAUGUUGUGUGAGUACCCAUGGAUACAACAUAAAUACGAGGAAAGUGAAAGCUUUCUUAGUGGACCAUUAACAAGUUCUACUGCCAAUGAGACUGCUGGUCAAGAGUCUUCACUAGGGGAUUCUAUCAUGCUAGCAUUGGAGAUUUCUCAUUGAAUAUUCAGCACUAGUAGGUGAUCUUUCAGUUCUUUUGUAGUGACCAUGCAUGGUUUGUAAUAUUGUAGACCUAUGUGGCUGUAAAACAUUAUAUAAAUUUUA